UUUUUUCAGCCAAAGAACACACUGUUGCCGUCACCAACGAUGGCCCUGUGCUUUUAGGCUCCAUUGCAACGUUUGUGGCGACAGUUUCUUCUAAUCCCUCCACACUGAAGGAUGCAAAUAAAAAUCGGGUCUUCCUUUGGAGCGGUCCUCCCAAGUAUCUUCCACAGAUCAUGUUCAGUGCAGACACCUGUACAAUAGAAAUACCAUUAGAUAUGAGCUUGAAGCCUGGGGAGAUAACAAUAACAGUAACGGUCCAUGAAGGUGAUCUUGGACCACUGGUUGGAAAAUCAAAUUCAACCAUAAAAGUCACAGAGACUAUAAAUGGCAAGAUCUCGUUGAGCUCCAGUGCUUACCCACAAUGCAAUGUGAGCAAUCCUUCCUGUAGUAUACCUACGAAGACAAACUUGACCAUAGAAGCUGAUCUCUAUGACCCUAGUUAUUUCUUGGAGGAUGCCCUCCUUCUCUACAAAUGGAGCAUGGGAAAUGGGGUGACCAUGAAGACAACGUCACCUGAAUUAGUCUACAGUUUUCCUUCAAAGGGAGAAUAUAACAUCACAGCUAAUAUCACAGCUCUCAAGGACAAGGGAGGGGAGCUGAGAAGGAUGAAUGGUUCCUGGUGGAGAACCAUCAAAGUAUUAGAUGCAAUUACAAAUUUAACUAUUGCAAGUCGCUCGUCAUCCGUCCAAGUUGGCAAUAGGGAGACCGUCAAUAUAACCUGCAAUGGAAGUCUACCCGUUGAGCUAUGUUUGACCAUUGAUGAACCGUCCAGUGAAUGGUCAAACCAGACUAACACCACGUGUGAGAUGGUGGUCAGUGACGUGUGUCGGACCACUUUCACGUACAUCUUCCAUUCUUCAGGAGAGUACACUUUCCAGGCAGCGGCCACGAAUAACGUCAGUUUUGCAGUCAGUGUGUCUACAAUACACGCCCAUGCUCCUCCGGCACUCCCGCCACAAUCACUUACUGCCAUAACAGUAGCCGUCAUUGCCGGGCUUUGCAUGACAAGCUUUGCCCUAAUUUCCUUCGUCCAGCACGUGCGCAAGAGCAGGGAACGGCACGUCGAGGUCGCCAACUUUGACUUCCAGUUCAGGGAGCACACCAAUUCGUUUGUGAAGACACCAAAGGGUCUCUUGACGUGGACGCGAUCUCCCAGUGAAAACAGCUCUCUGAAGGCAAAUUCAAGAUCCAACUUUUAUUCCUGAUGAGCGAUGUGGAAGCAAUUGAGAGACAAAUACUUAUUAUAGUUGAAUAAUAAUGACCAUGAUAUUCAGUUUUCACGUCGCGCUUUAUUGGAACAAUGUCUCUAAGCGCUUCAUAGAUGUACUAUUACUCCGGUCGUUGGAACCUGGCUUGCCCGCCUACAGUGUAUGCAUCUUCUUCACUCCUUGGGGAGCAUUCCAGCAAGAGUUUUCAAACUCAGUUGCCAGGCAUACUACAUAGGCUUUCACAUCCUACGAGGUACCCAUUUAACACAUGGGUGGAGAGCGGCAAAGCAAGGACUAAUGCCUUGCCAAAAGAUGUCCAUGCUCCAAAUUAGCUGGUUUUGUAUAAGAAAAGCUCUGUGAAGGCCAAUUCAGACCUGACUGCUUAUUCCUUACGAGUGAUGAUGAAACAAUUGAAAGACAGACACUUGUUAUUGGAUGCCCAUAAAUGGACAGUUAAAGUGUAAUAACAAUACUAUGCAACAUUUAUGUAGCGUUUAAUGAAAUGGUUCUGAAUUCUGAUAGCUAUGUGGACACUAUCACCCCGGCCUUAGCGAAGCAACUCCAAGCAUUCAAGGGAUUUUUUCCUACCUGGAAGUCACCAUUUACUACACAGAGGUGGAGAGUGUCAAAUGUAGAUAAACCCCCACCCGAAAGACACGAGUGCUGGGUGGGAUUUGAACCCCGGAUCUUGCAGAUCAAAGGCCGGAGACUGGUUUCUGUGAGCAAGGGGAAACUUGUUAUGGAGACGAGUCAAAUCCUUGAACAAGACAGUAGACUUGCAUACAUGUAUAUCUCACCAAUGCUACGACGGAGGACAUGUCUGUCAAACAUCAACAAAUAUACAGUUGAGGUCAAAAGUUUGCAUGCACCCAUGGAGUUCAGUGAAAUUUGUUCACUUGCUAAAAAUUGUAAAAUUUACUAUAUCUUCUUAAACAUAAAUACUACCAUGAAGAAUUUGGUAUCAAAUGAAAGAGCGUAUUAAGCUCUUUCACAUGAUUGGGAUGUCGUUGGGAUUAAAGUAUAUAUCAGGUGGAAUUUUCUUUGAAGAAAAAAAAAGUAAUAUUCAUGCCAAAUGUAUUUUAUUGUUUGAUAUUAUAUUUUCAAACAUCGUUUCAUAGAAAUACAUAAAUGUCAAAUCUAUGAUAUAUAUUACAUUUUCUAUCAUGAUAUGUCACCACUGAACAAAAAAGUGUAAUCUGAAAUGUUUGUGUUAAGAAGUAAUUAGCACAGAUAUGAAAUGUUUUUGUCAAGUUUUUAUUUUUAAUUUGUCUGAAAUAUGAAGAUUUUUGGGGAAAAAUGACACCUAAAUAUUUUUCAGCUCCUGAUGACAAAGGGAGGCAUGAUAUGAUCAUUUGUUUGAUAUCAAGUUCGUUAGGAUAGCACAGUGUCCUGGGUGUAUGUAAACGUCUUGCCUCAACUGUAUAUGUACUGACAGAGACCAUGGCCCCGUUGUACAAAGAGUUACGAUUGAUCCGAUCAAUCGUAACUCUAUGGAAAUCCAUCAGUGUCAUAAUUUUUUUCUACAGGAAAUUUGCAAAAUGUCCUUUGUAAUCAAAGGAAAACACCCCAAAUUGUCAAGAAAUCAAUGAAUUUAUGGAUAUGCAUUCAUAUCUAGAAUUUUUUUUUUAACAAACAUGCAUUUCAUAUGUUGACUUUGCUGGCUUUCCAUAGUUGCGAUUGAUCGGAUCAAUCGUAACUCUUUGUACAACGGGGCCCAUAACUCUCUGUUGGUGACGAUGGGUGAAUUAGCAACUCUUGAGGGUAUGUGCAAUGUUGAAAAGUGCCAGUAGUUUCGAAUGGUGAUUAUCGGGAGAUUUGUGUACAUAUGGUAUAGAGGUAUUGUGUGGUAUGAUGCACAGAAGAAUGCAGUGUAUGUGUAGAUCUAUGCCCAAGGUUGACAUUUAUGGUUUAUUAAGGAGAAGCAGACCCUGUUUCACAAAAUAUGUUGUAAGUUACAAAAUGUAAAGCUAUUGUAACAAGCUACUGAAACCCAGCCAUUUGAUUAGCUUAUUGGAGUAUUUAAAUGUAGAGUUUCACAGGUAUUGUUGUUUCAUGUACAUUCAGCAGACUUUGGAUUAGGAUCAAGAUUAAGGUGAAGCUGUGAAGCUCAAGUUUGUUUUUGGCUUAAUUAGUGGAUUUUCAGUGGGGGCAAUUUUAAGCAGAUGUCAUAGAACCUGAGGAAGAAUGUGUUAAAGGCUAGAAAUUUGUCAAUAUUCAUUGAAAAAUGGCAAUUUUGAGUCUUCAUUGCAUUGCAUAUGAAGGAUUUUGGGGACUAUUUUUACAUAUUAAUAUUUUUUGUAAAUAUGAACAAAAGAUAAGCCCACCAUGCAAUAACUUUUUUUCUCAUAUAUAUAUAUAUUUUUUUGUAUCUUUGUUCUGAUGUAUUAUGUUGUUAGGGAUCUGAAUCAGAAGUUACAAGGCCAAAAUGCAAUAUGUGUUCUAUUUAUCAGUAUUAAAUGAGUUAACACUGUCCGUGACUGUUUUGAAGAAGGCUCUACACAUCUUUUCUCUGGCCAUGUGUCUUGAACUCGCCCCACAAAAAUGUGGAGUAGUUACGCUUUUUCAAUUUUCAUUCAGUUUAACGUACAUGUAUGAUAUCUAAGUUGAUCGGAGAGAUAUUGUCAUGAAAUUGGUAUCAGUUUUAAAGUUUAACAUAUACUCUAUCAUAUCUGAAAAUAUUAUUGCUAUAGCAUGUAUAUUUGGGACACGCGAUUGGUAGAAUACAAAAUGACGAGGGUGGAGGGUGGGGGGAGCG